UGCAAGCCACCCAACACAGAGACACGAUGUCCGAGGCUGCUGCUUCAGCAGACAACAACGGAGACUCUGGAUUAAAUGGGUCGUGGGUGGAGCUUCAGAUGAAUAGAAACGCUGGCUCAUCAUCCCAGUCGGCGACGGUCGCCCCCGGCAACCAAGCGCUCCCGCCCCUGGCGCAGAUGGUGGAGGAGGACGACGGGAUGGCGGGAGGGUUGGAGCACGUGCCCUCGUCCUCCUCCAUCCAUAACGGGGACAUGGAGAAGAUCCUACUGGACGCUCAGCACGAGUCCAGCCGCAGUAACUCCUCCUGCGACAGUCCUCCACGGCCACACAGUCCUCAGGACGACGGGCAGAUUGUCUUUGACGUGGACGUGACGAGUAGGAGAGACAGUCAGUCAGAGGAGGACAGUCUAGAGAAGAUAAGAGAUGAGGAUAUUCUGAUGAAGGACUCAGACUGGGUGGUUGACUGGUCCAGUCGACCAGAGAAUGUUCCUCCAAAGGAGUUUCAUUUCCGUCACCCCCGGCGUUCGGUGACUCUGAGCAUGAGGAAGACGGGGGCGAUGAAGAAGGGUGGCAUCUUCUCUGCCGAGUUUCUCAAAGUUUUUAUCCCAUCACUGCUGCUGUCUCACAUACUGGCCCUGGGACUGGGGGUGUAUAUCGGGAAGAGACUGGCCACGCCCCCUGCCACCACGUUUUGAGCACGGACUGAAGUAGUGCCUCAGGCUGGGAUUAGGGGAAUAUGCAGCAGUUUGUGCAAAGAUUACCCCCCCCCCCUUUAUUCUCUCUC